UUUUUCAUUUUUUUUGCCUUCGCUCUCUCUCCCUCCUCCCUCCCCCGAUGAACCUCUCUCCUCGCUCUGCACUUUGCACGAGAGAGCCCAGAGGAAAGGCACCAUGAAGUGUUAAAAAUAACAAAACAAAACAACAACAACAACAAAUUUACUCGCAACAACACCAGCUAACACUUCCAGCUGCGGUUCGCGAGCUGCGAAAGAGAGCGAGAGGAGAGAGAGAGAAGGGAGGGAGAGAGGAGGAAAAAAAAAAUCCCUCUAUGCAAAAGGCGAAUAGCGAGAGCCCCGCGCUCUGAUGCAUCAGCGGAGCCUCUGCGAGGGAUAACGCGGAGCGGGAGAGGAGCCGCCGGGGCGGACCGGAGCGGAGGCAGAGCAGGAGAGCGGAGCGGAGCUCGCCAAAAAUCAAGCUGGCUCACCCGGUGGCGACUCAGAGCAGCCCCCUCGCUCCCGGAGCGCACCCUUUCUGGAGGACUCUCGGCAGCAAAAGGAUGGCAUCAGAGCUGGCGAUGAGCAGCUCCGACCUGCCCACCAGUCCCCUGGCCAUGGAAUAUGUUAAUGACUUCGAUCUGAUGAAGUUUGAAGUGAAAAAGGAGCCGGUGGAGACCGAUCGCAUUAUCAGCCAGUGCGGCCGCCUGAUCGCCGGGGGAUCGCUCUCCUCCACCCCGAUGAGCACGCCCUGCAGCUCCGUGCCCCCGUCCCCCAGCUUCUCGGCGCCCAGCCCCGGCUCCGGCUCCGACCAGAAGACCCACCUGGAAGACUACUACUGGAUGACGGGGUACCCGCAGCAGCUCAACCCGGAGGCGCUGGGCUUCAGCCCCGAGGACGCGGUGGAGGCGCUGAUCAACAGCAGCCACCACCCGCUGCCCGGCGCCUUCGAUGGCUAUGCUAGAGGGCAGCAGCUGGCCGCGGCCGCCGGCGGCUCCGUGCCGGCCGAGGAGAUGGGCUCGGCGGCCGCCGUGGUGUCGGCGGUGAUCGCCGCGGCGGCGGCGCAGGGCGGCGCGCCCCACUACCACCACCACCACCACCACCCGCACCACGGCGGCGGCGGCGGCGGCGGCGGCGGCGGCGGCCUCCACUUCGACGACCGCUUCUCCGACGAGCAGCUGGUGACCAUGUCGGUGCGGGAGCUGAACCGGCAGCUGCGGGGCGUCAGCAAGGAAGAGGUGAUCCGGCUGAAGCAGAAGAGGAGGACCCUCAAAAACAGGGGCUAUGCCCAGUCCUGCCGCUUCAAGAGGGUCCAGCAGCGGCACGUCCUGGAGUCGGAGAAGAACCAGCUGCUGCAGCAAGUGGAGCACCUAAAGCAGGAGAUCUCCAGGCUGGUCCGGGAGAGGGACGCCUACAAGGAAAAGUACGAGAAGCUGGUCAGCAAUGGCUUCAGAGAAAACGGAUCCAGCAGCGACAACCCUUCCUCUCCAGAGUUUUUCAUGUACCCGAGAGAAUCAUCUACAACGGUGAUGUGAAAAUCCCUGUUACCUGAGGUCAAAAAAAAAAAAAGUCUCCCAGAAGACCCGGAGUGGUGACGCCUGGAUGCAGAGGAGAUCACACUGCUUAUAAAUCUGCACCAUGAGGAGGCCAAAAGUUUCUGCAGCAGCAGGAGGUAAGCCAGGACUGCUGGUGGGUGUAAGGAACAGAGAGCAAAGCCACCUGWGUUCGAGAAGAAGGCAGCAGCACCCUUGAGGAUGGAGACUUUGGGGCAGCGUCGCAGUCCUGUACAGAGAACUUGAAGAGACACUGAAACUUCAAGUGGGAUGGCCCCACCCAGCCAGCUGCUUGUGUGGUUUGGUCCAUGGACCUUUGGGGUCUGCAUGCCAGAGACUGAAAACUCCUGACUGACCCUAAAUUUCCUCUUUGUGGACUUCUGAUGUGAUAGGAAUGGCACAAAAAAAAUCCAAUAGAUUUUCUUCACCUUAAUGUUUUCAGCCAGCUAACUUUCCCAGGACUGCUUUCUGCUCAAAUUACUGGAACUUAAUUACUUGAGGUUUAAUUUCAGUUUCUUGGCCAGCUUUAAGAACAUAUAUUCAAAUUUGAACCACAAGGACAGAAUUUUGGGAGCCUCUUUGUCCUCUCACUUUGUGUUAAUUCAAAUGAGGAAACUGUGCCUGUGAAUCUCUGCUUUACUUCACAUAGUCCAAGUCAGUCUCACUUCUGGAGAGAUAUCCCUGACACCCAGCASAUUAAGGGGGAGCACAAACAACCCCUUAUGUUAUAGUUUACGUUUUUGAAACUGUGCAAACAAUAGAUAUUUGUCUCCUGCUUAUUAAUUUUCUUGUAAAUAAAAUGUAUUGAGACCAGAGAUGAAGUUACACUGACUUUACACCAGAUAAUGUAUUGACAUUUUACARGGUAGUGUUGUGUUAUCCAUACAUUUCAAAAGUAGAUCUUACAAUGUUUAAUUAUAACCAAAAAAAAAGAAGUGGAAAGAGAAUCAAGGGAGGGACAUGGAGAGAGAAUUUGAAAGGACAUGGAUGGAAGGUGGURGAGUUGGAGGAUAUCUCAGAUAAGGCAUUAUCUGAGAAUUCCUAUGAUUAAGACUUAUCUUUCUGGCUUCACUAUUUCAUUAUAAUCUACUGCUUACCUGAUAAGUAAUAAAUGGCCUCCAGAUUUUAUUGCAUUUGMUCACUUUCUUUAGAUCUGACAUCAGUUUGUUCCCCCCUUAAGAUCUCAUUUCUGUUAAGGAAUGAAGACUUUAUGUUUCUGCUGGGGUUGACUUGUUCCUCUGGUAUUUCUGUGUUGUUAUUUAGCUAGCAAGUGUCCUCAGCAAUUCYUUGGAUAACACUUCCAUCUAUCACCUUGGGAUGAUCAGAAAUACAUUGCAGCUGAUGUUUAAACAUGGAUGUCUAUCUGGAGCUGGACACUCACCUCCAACUCAGCAGAUACAAAACUCUCCAAAAAGCCAACAAAAGAGGGCUUUUUUUAAACACACCAACCCGCUAGUGGAUUAUCCUUAAUGGGUUGGCAGCAUGCCCCUUCCUUCCUCUGCUGGAAUGCUGGCCUGGCUCUGCAGCCCUGGGUUUGUGUUUUUGGUGGUUUUGGCUUUUUGGCUUUUUUAAAUUUUUUU